AUGCCAAAUAAAACAAGGUGUUCUCAACUGGCUACCGAAUCCAGUUUAACGUCGAUGCUACUCCUCAACCUUCUACUCAUGAUUGCUCCGGCUUCAUUUGCUGACAAUAACCAAAUGACGGAAGUGGAGGAUACCAUCAGCUUGUUCUUUGAUUGUUCAAGCUAUAUGCGGUUCGUAAACGUGGACGACCAUCUGCAAAACACCAUCGAUAAAGUGGUAGCGAAAGGCUGUGGAGAAGGUUUUCACAUAACCGUUCAGGAGCUCAAUUUUGUUGGGACUUCGUGCGAUAUUACCUACAAAUUUGAACCGGAGAAGCUGCUGUUUCUUUCCAAAUGUGCUGCGGUUGUACGCGAGAUUCUGGAGAACGGGACAUUUCUUGCCUGGGGCCAUCAGUGGGGUUGCCGAAGCAUACCUUUGGAAAUUGCCGUGACACCGUACUACCCGAUACACGUCCCGACAACGAAUAUGCGAAACAUGGGCGUGGAGAAACUUUACAGCACGCAAUGUCGUUUACCAAUUCUACAAAUAGACAGACAGGUUGAUGUGGUUUGCUCCAUGACUCAGUACGGAGGAUACCGGUGGGUUGUCAAAGACAUGUCAAGAUGCGUUGAGCCAACUCUCAGUAACAUAACCAGUGAAACUAUAGACGUGCUUAUAAGAUCUCCCAUCAAAUGCCAGCUGCUCAUCUUUGCCAUGUUCGGUGUACUGUACGAAAAUGUUUCAACGGUGCUCGGUGGGAAAAAGCCGGCCGACUAUGUACUGGACAUGCUCACCGAACACUGCUUGAAGUUGUCUCGCGAGGAAUUCGAAGCCGCGUUUUCAGAAGUCACAGGCUUGUCAAACUACCUUCUCGAACUGACUACAACCGAUUAUCUUCAGUCCAACGACGGUAAACGGUAUCUGAAGCAACUGACGAGGAUCCUUCAACUUUACACAAACUAUUUGGUGAACUAUCACGGCCACUUGGCAAGGUUCUCAAUGUUCGAAUCCAAUUUCUUUGUUCUACAAAUUCCGCGAGACUAUCGACCGCACAAAAGCUCCAUCUUCCCCGACUUUCGAAUUGAACUGGAUAAAGAUCACCCUACGACUCUGGUCGCUUGUACAAGGAUGUUUCGAUACGUGGAUCUCGUGUACCAUGGUAACCGAAUAAUUCAUGGACUUUGCCUCGUGAAGAUUAGAUCAACCAUGAAACAUCGCUAUCGAAUUCGGUUCGUCAAUGCUCAGCAAACACAAAUCGAACAUCACUGGUGCAUGUGGACAACUAAUAUUGAUCGUGACUCCGAGAGACUGUCUGAACCAGAUCGCUGUGUUCUUGAAAGUCGCGCAAUGGGAGACCUCGUGUGUGCCUGUGAAGAGGAGGGGAUAGUGAGCCUAGUUCGGAGAGGUACCGGUGAGGAUGACAUGCGUCACGUGGUAUUCAAUCCAUUGGGUGAGGAUUUGCCUUUCAUCCUUUACCUGAUGGCGGCCGGUCUGGUAUUAAUCGGAACACUCUUCCUUGGUGUGCUACAAAGCUGGCCAACAGCAGUGAGUUAUGUUUUGGGAGCGAGGAAGAAGUCACGUCAUACACGUAGCAAUAUCAACUGUGGGAGACAAAUGUUGCUGUUAUCUGGAAUCAAAAUUAUUCUUCUUGCUUUAACCGCACGUUACGACGAUGAUGAUAGUUGUCGGUAUUUGGGAUAUGCACAAAUCACGGCUUUCUUCAAUUUCGAGUUGAUGAAUGUAGGUCAGGCAGCGGCCAUGUUUCUUCUGCUUCGCACACAUCAACCGGUGCGUCUUCUUGGUCAGAUUGAAGUGAUUAUUUACUUGUGUGGGAUCUCCAUUGGCGUCAUUUGGCAAGCGGUCAGUCCGUACGAAACACUCAACAUACAGUGUUUGCCGCAAGAGAUGCUGAAAUUCAUGACCAUUCCUUUCACUACCUUGAACGCGGCAGCUAUCAGCACGGCGGCGAUUUACGUAUAUUGUUUCAAGUUCAACCAGUGCCUCGAACUACUGGGCAUAGUCAUCACAAGCGGAUUCGGACUUGCCCAAUGGUCACUGCUGAUUCCGUUGGUUGAGCCCGGUAAACGGCUUAAGCCACCUAUUGGCAAGAUGUCAUCUCUCAAUGUGGCUCAAGGGCUAGUUUUACUGACCUAUCAUUGCUUCGUGAAGAUACAAGUACACAAUAUCAUGGAGAAGCUAAACAAGGCAGCAAUAAACUCGGUCCGGUGGAUGCGACAGAAACCCACUCGUCGGAACUGUCUCAUACUUGGUGAGGCUCCGACGAAAUUCGAAGCAGAUGUGAGUUUGUCCAGAAGUUGGCCACUUGUUCAAACAUUUUAUCCGGGCAGUGAAAGGAAUCACUUUGUUCACUCUCGCCGAAAUUCUUUGAAAUGUUUCCACUCCGACGGAGUUUCCACUGCUCAUAAGAUUACUGGAAACUCUUCGACAGCUCACGACCGGCUUAGCCCUCACACUUUUGGCUUAUCAGGUAGGCGCACUCCCUGA